AGUCUUUCUAGUCAUCUAAAUCUAGGCUCUAGACUCUAGAUUCUAGAUCUAGAUUCUAGAUCUACUCUAGCGGCGGCUAGCCAGUCUAAGAGAUCUAGAUCUAUCUUAAUCAAAGUUAAUCUAUUAUUCUAUAUUAUUCUAGCUAUUCUAGACUAGACCCUCUACUAUAUACAUCUACUUCUAGUACUGACUCAGUCGUCUCAGUCAGACUCAGUCUCAGUCUACUCACUACUGAAGUACUGCUCUACUCUAUUCUAGAUCUAAUUCUAAAGUUAUAGAUCUAGUUAUACUUAUACAUACAGUAUUACAGUACAGUUAUAGAUCUAAAGAUCUAGUCACUACUAGGCCUAGCGGCGGCUAGCCAGCCUAAUUCUAAAGCUUGAGGCUUCCCUCCAUGUACUUGUAAAAUCGAAAUUUCAGAAUGAAGUUAAAAGUUUUAGAGUUAUACAGUGGAAUUGGUGGCAUGCAUUUUGCACUAAAAGAAAGUCAUUUAGAGUAUGAAAUAGUCCUGGCUAUAGACAUUAAUACCACAGCAAAUAAAGUGUAUAAGCACAAUUUUGCUGACACAAAUUUGCAAAGUUUUGGCAUUGAGAAACUUAGUUUAAAGAUGUUAGAAGAUCUUCAAAUCAACACAAUUUUAAUGAGUCCUCCUUGUCAGCCAUUUACUAGAGUGGGGAAAAAAAGAGAUUGCCAUGAUGUACGAACAAAAUCUUUUCUCCACAUCCUUGAUCUGAUCAAACUGAUAAAAGUAAAACCUGUGUACAUUCUUGUAGAAAAUGUCAAAGGGUUUGAGACAUCAGAGACUAGAGGUCAGCUGAUUGAGUGUUUGAAAUAUUGUAAUUACACUUAUCAGGAGUUUCUACUGACUCCAUUACAAUUUGGAAUCCCCAACAGCCGGCUCCGAUAUUAUCUUACUGCCAAAUGGAAUCAGUGUUUGAUGACUACAGCUACUGGUAAUUACAGUAUUUUAACAGAGCUUCAAGAUUUUUCCAGCUUUUUAAAAGACAGUGUUACAGCUCAUGAACAAGAGGCUGUUAAAAACACAAACUUUUUAGUUAAUGACAAUUCUGAAAGUUUAAAGCCUAGUUGUGCCAGAGCACAAAGUUCUGAUUUGCAAGGUGUAAAAACUCAAGAUAGCCAACAAUCAAGUGACUCUUUGCAAAAUGAAGCCAAAAGUAGUCUAAAGGACUUCGGUAGAAAUAUGAGAUAUUGUGAAGAGGAUGAUAAAUUUAUAAAUGAUAAAAGUCUAUCAUUGUCUGAAUAUAUGGAAACUAGUGAUAAUAUAGAUCUUCAAGACUACUGGCUUUCAGACAAGGAGCUUCGAAUGUUUGUUAUCAUGGAUGUUGUUUACCCAGAGCUUAAAAAAUCUAUUUGUUUCACAAAAAGGUAUGGGCACUAUAUAGAAGGAGCUGGUUCAGUGGUACAGAUGUCUUCAGAUAUACAGCAUGUGAUAGCUGCAAGUGAUCUCAAACAUCAAGCAGUCAAUUCUUUGAACAGAAAUGAUUGGGGUGAAAGUGAAAUGGAAAUACUGAGAAAUUUGCAUUUGAGAUACUUUACUCCUAGAGAAGUUGCCAACUUGUUAUGUUUUCCUAAAGAUUUUAGUUUUCCAGAUGGCCUGACCAAAGUCCAGAAGUACAGAGUUCUAGGCAACAGCCUAAAUGUCUUUGUAGUAACACAGCUGAUCCAAUUUAUGACCAAAAUAUUAUGAUGUUAAGUCAUUGUAGUUAAUGUUUUAAAUAAAUUUUUAAACCAA